AUGACAAAUGAUAAGUUGUCCCCUCCAAAAGUGAAAGGAGUAGUGAAAACAACGACGACACGCAGCUCAUCGAGUUCACCGUGUAAGAUGAGUGGAAGCAGCGGAUACUAUGAAGACGAUAUCACGCUAGAAGAGGACGAUGCGAUUGUCUCGAUGCCAGAAUCCACACUCAUCGAGUGCUUUGGAAAUUUGGCAGUCACUAAGAGACCAGCGCAUUUGAGACCACCAGCUGCUUUCUGUCUCCCAUUCGUCUCGAUGAGCAAUGACGUCAUGAGUGGCCACGCCCUCAAACACAUAACAUUAACAUCUGUAUUCGACGCUCUCCAUCCAUACGUCGGAAUGCCGUAUCUCAACAGAGUCGAUCUUAGUACGGCAAUGAAUGCACACUGGAUGAGGAACUGUCUGGAAGUUGAACAAUCGGAUCUAUUCCAUCGAUUCGCUUUGGAAAUGCAGGUUCAUCUCACUGCUUGUUUCGGAUGUCGAGUUGUUCUCGACAUUUACGGUUCGACGAGAAACGGAUUCGGUACCAGAUUCUGUGACGUCGAUAUGUCACUCUCCUUCGUUCCAAGUCCACCACAAUGGGCGACCAGUUCGGAUCGAGUGAUGAGAGCUGUCGCCAAAGCUUUGGUAGACUUCCCAAAAGUCGUCGAUGAGAGAUAUGUCAAUGCCAAAGUCCCUAUCGUACGAUUCAGAAGCAGUGACAUGGACAUGGAAGCCGACAUCAGCUACAAGAACGAUCUGGCACUUCACAACACUCAACUCCUUCAGCAGUACUGUAAAUGGGACCCGGAACGUCUUCCAACACUUGGAGUAUGGGUGAAAGCGUGGGCGAAGAGAAGUGGAAUCGGAGAGGCAUCCAAAGGAUCGCUAUCCUCGUAUGCUUGGAUUGUGAUGCUGAUCCAUUACCUUCAACAAGUCGAACCGAUUCCAGUUCUUCCAUGUCUACAAGAGAUGAACCAUCAGAAGAGUGAGAACGUCUACGUUCAAGGCUACAACGUCUACUAUUGGAAGUUUGUCGAUGCGACUCGUUCUCGUCGCUGCCGUGCGUCGGUUGUCGAUCUCUUCGUUGGAUUCCUCGACUACUACGCCACGUAUUUCGACUACUCGUCGAAUGUGAUUCAGAUGGUGUCGAAGAGAUUGGAGUACAAACCAGACAGAUGGUACAAGUACCCAAUGUGCAUUGCUGAUCCAUUCGAAACGGAUCACAAUCUGGCACAAGGAGUUGAUCAGCCAAUGUUCGAAUACAUUCGUUCGUGUAUGGAACAUUCGAAGAAGGUGUUCACAGAUCGACGUCUACGUGCAGAGUUUCUUUCGGGAUACGGCUUCGAUGUGGACGAAUACGACUCAAGGCAUCGAAACGAGAUGACGAUGGAAACCGCUGCACAGUUUGGAGAAUUCCUCUUCCACAAGUGCAUCAUGGUGAAGCAGGCUCCAACUCGUCAGUUCCGUGACCGAAGUAUGAGUCAAUCAACGAGUACGAGUAACACAUCGAGUGCCUCCUCAUCUGGAUAA